GUUUUGAGGAAAAACUAUUUUAGCAAAGAUAAUUUGAUUUCAUUUAUAAAGGUAACUACUAACAUCAUUAAGCCUUGUGAAGAUUCUCUGCAGUGCUGUAGUGGUCUUCUUCUUCUAGGGUUUUAUAAGGGGUUUCUAAAACUUCUCCCCCUCCACCACUGCCCUUCCCACUCCUCCUCUCCUUCAUAAACAGAGAGAAGAGAGCGAGCUAGAGAUAACGCCAUGGAUAUGUACACGAGAGUCGAGAAGCCGAAGCCGGAGUCGCCGAUUAACGAGAACGAGAUCCGAAUCACCUCCGCUGGUCCCGUCAGAAACUAUAUCAGCUACGCUACUUCCCUUCUCCAGGACAAACAUGCCAAAGAGAUUGUCUUGAAAGCGAUGGGACAGGCAAUCAGCAAGACUGUGUCCAUUGCUGAGAGCAUAAAGAGAAGAAAUCCCCGUUUGCACCAGGAUACUGGCAUUAGCUCAGUUAGCAUUACUGAUGUUUGGGAACCUAUUGAGGAAGGACUUCUGCCUGUGGAGCAGACUCGCCAAGUUUCUAUGAUAACAAUUACCUUAUCAUUCAGAGAGCUAGAUAAGAACUCUCCUGGUUAUCAAGCACCACAAGCUGUGGAACAGUCAAAACAGCAAUAUCAGCAGCAGUCACAGCUUAGACAAGCACGGAAUCCAUAUUACGAAGGUAACUUGGAGUUGAAUAUUCAUAUGGUCGAGGACGUGGGCGUGGCAGAGGGAGAGGGAGAGCAAGAGGGCGAAACUGGGGCAGGGGUGGAUAUGGAUAUGGAAACUAUCAGGGAAACUACGAAGGCAAUUAUCAGGGAGGCUAUCAGGGGAAUUAUCAGGGAAAUUAUGAAGAAAAUGGUGGUUAUUCGAACUGGGGACGGGGUGGUGGCAGAGGCAGAAAUUGGGGAUAUCGAGGUGCUGGUUACGGAGGGGGCAGAGGUGGCGGAUACGAAGGAGGAAGAGGUGGUGGUGGAUAUGAAGGUGGCAGGGGUGGCGGAUAUGAAGGUGGGAGAGGUGGUGGAUAUGAAGUUGGCAGGGAUGGUGGAUAUGAAGGUGGGAGAGGCGGUGGAUAUGAAGGUGGCAGGGGUGGCGGAUAUGAAGGAGGCAGGGGUGGAGGAGGGAGGAGAGGCAGUGGAUAUGAAGGUGGCAGGGGCGGCGGAUAUGAAGGUGGGAGAACUGCUGGAUAUGAAGGAGGCAGGGGUGGCGGCGGAUAUGAAGGUGGGAGAAAUGGUGGAUAUGAAGGAGGCAGGGGUGGCGGCGGAUAUGAAGGUGGGAGAAAUGGUGGAUAUGAAGGAGGCAGGGGUGGAGGGAGAGGAGGGGGCAGGGGCUAUGGGCGUGGGCGUGGAAGGAUGGGUGGUCGUGCAAGGGGUGGCAACGACCAGGCAUGACGAGGAAGAUGAUGAACGGUGCUCUUCAGUUUGAUUUUGCAAAAUGCUUUGCCUUGGCCGGUGGGCUACAUUAUUAUCCAAAUACUGUUUUAGUAGCAUGCAAUUGGGUCUUGCAUGUUGUCUUCUGCAUUUGGUUUUAGCUCUUGUAUGCGUGAGUGCUUAUGAAUACGGACAGGCAAGGUUGAUUUUCUGUUGGUUGGUCCCUCUGUUUCUUCAUUUAGCCAAAGAGCAAAGAGGAGGUGGUUUCAAGUGAGAUGUAAGUAGAGUUAAAAAACAAUCACACUUCAGUCUGAAACCCUUACCCUGUUCAUAUCUCUGUUAGUGCCAUCAUUAUUAUUUGUUCGAUAGUUCCUUAAUGGUUUGCUGGUGUGACUGGCUCGCUACUUCCUUUACUAGCCUAGCCUGUGCCGGGUGGCAGUUGCAAGCUA